AUUGAAUAGUUCUUUUUCUUUUACUCUCUAUUGGAACACGUUUAGAUCCACAUUGUUGUGUGGAGCGCUCAAAAAUUUGUGGAAGUAUAUAUGAUUAGUUUUUUCGUGAAGAAGUUUAAUGAAUUAACUACAAAUAAACCUUUGUUGAAGAUGCCUAAUGCACCUGAAGGUCCAAAGAGACCAGGCAGGGGAUUCUUUCAGUCUUCUAAUGUACGAACGCGAGUUCAAGAGAAAGAAGAACUUUCCGAUCUAAAUGAUCGUUUAGCCACAUACAUCGAUCGUAUGAGAUAUCUGGAGCACCAAAAUACCAAACUAUCUGCAGAAAUAUCGACCUCGAAAGAAAAUGUGUCUAAGGAAGUCGCAAGUGUUCGAAUUUUGUUUGAAAAAGAGCUUUCAGAUGCAAGAAAAUUAGUGAACGAUACUGCAAAAGAGAAGGCUUUGCUGCAACUGGAAAAUAACAAGUUGUGUGGUGCAGUUGAAGAUCUGCGUUCAAGGCUUAAAAAAGAGAGUGCUUUACGUUCCCGUGCUGAAGAUGAAUUAAAACAAACUGGAAGACAAUUGCAUGAGAAAGAAUCUUUGUUAGUUGAAAUCGCUAAGGAGCGCAAAAAGCUUAAUCAGCAAAUAAAAGAUUUAGAAAAACAGUUAAAACAAUUACAAGAUAAAUUGGAGAAACAAAAAUCUGCAUUGGAAGAAGAGAUUAUUCGAAAAGUUGAUGCAGAAAACCAAAUGCAAACUCUUCAAAAAGAAGCCCGCUUUUCCAAACAGGUUCAUGCCGAGGAGAUAAACGAAUUGCGAAGUACACAGGAAAUGAAAUUUACAAUGGAAACUGAUGGUGCUUCACAUUAUGAUACUUUGCUACAUGACAAACUUCAAGAACUCCGUGAUGAGUUUGAAGAGAAGGCUAAAAAUGCUAGACAAGCGCUGGAAAAGGCAUACGAUCAAAAGGUAAGAUGUGCUCAAGUAAUUUUCAAAUUUUUAAAUCUAUACUUGGUAAUAGCGAAAUUUGUAAAAAUAAUAGGUUUUUGUACCUUCUUCAACAGGCUCGACAGUAAAACAGGCGACACAAAAGGAGCCCAUUUUAAAGUUCUACCAGCGAAACUCUCAACAGCCUCAAAGAGUCUAGUAGAAAAAGUGUUAAACUUAACAAAGCUUUCAUAUACUUACUAUAAUGUGGAGUUGAUGAAGACAACUGCUGAAUUAGAAAUUUUGAUAGAUGCUAAAACGGAUGAGUUUGAGCUGCAAUUGCAGGAGCGCGAUGCAAGGAUUACAAGUCUAAGUGACAAAAUUGGUGAUUUAGAUAAAGAAUGUGAAGUUCUUUUUGGCAUCAAAAUUGCUUUAGAUAUGGAAAUAACUGCGUACCGAAAAUUGCUAGAAGGGGAAGAGCAAAGACUGGACAUCGUGUCAUCUCAGGUAACACAAUCUUUAUCAAAGAGUGGAAAAAAACGCUCUCGUCACGAGUGCGAAGUACAACCUGUUGAAAGCAGCUUAUCAGGAGGGGUAGAAAUAUCGGAAUGUGAUACAGAAGGCAAAUUUAUCAAGCUUCACAACAAGAGUGAGACCGAUGAAGCAUUAGGAGGUUGGCACGUGCAACGAAUAGUUGAUAAUAAGAAAGACGAUGCAGUAAAAUACAAUUUUACACCUAAAUUUGUGUUAAAAGCUGGUCACAGCGUUACAAAUACGGCGUUAAGUAGGGCUUGUGAUAACUUUUGGCUUUUUCUCGUCCUAGAAAUUCCACAACAUGUCCCUGAAAGAAGAUUCAGCGUUAAGAAAAUCCGUUUAACCCAACCCACGCAUAUGAGGAUUUGGAGUAACUCUACUGGUGUGAAAAGUAAAGCACCAACUGAUCUUGUAUUGAGAAGUGUCGACUGGCCUAUUGGAAAUUCCAUUGUGACUUCUGUUAUCAAUAAUGAAAGUGAGGUUACUGCUUCUUACGGAAAUGAAUCUAGUUUUACCUCUGUUCGAACCAGCCAUGUAAGCCAGCCAUGUAAAUCUAGUUUGAUUGUGGCGAAGCAUACAUUUGAAACUGUUACAACUGAGAAAACAGGACCACCUACAAGAAGAUCGAGAAAGACUAGAAGUAACUCGAUUGGAGUCACAAAGCAAAGCAAAGUGUUAGCAUGUCUUCUGUGA